AGUUUCUAUGCUUUGCCAGUCCACAGUUUGACCUCAAGCAAUCUCCUUCACAAUGCGCUGCGCGACAUAUUUUUCAAUUUCGCUCUUUACGUUUGUCUCGAUCAUUGCAUACUGCCGAUCUGGAAUCCCAGCAGGCAUCUAUGUGGACAAUGGUUUGGAUCAGACUUCGCUGGAGAGGUUCCUGACGAAGCAGGAGAAGCGCGAUAUGGAGCUGGAAAUUUUAAAUUUGCUGGGUUUACCGAACAGACCGAGCAAGGGAUUAAGCAAAUUCAAGAAGUCUGCCCAAAGUAAAUUCCUCAUGGACGUGUACAAGAGUUUGAUGGAGAAAGAAAACGGCAGAGAGGAACGAGACGCUGAUUUGUAUUUAAGCGGCGAAGAAAAAAAUGCCAUUGAAGAAAGCGAUAUGAUUAUGACUUUCGAUAGUAUCAGCAAUCAUGUGCGUGGUGUGAGACAUGAACGCGGGAAGCGUUUAUGGUUUAAUGUUGCCGAUGUUCCUGUGGGCGAAACCAUUGUCGGAGCGGAAUUACGCAUUUUUCAGAAUGUUAAUUACACAGUUAAACAUCCCAACGCUGUUUACACAGUUACCGCUUACAAGUUAAUUAGUAUUGAAAAUGGGGAAAAAGAGUUAGAAUAUGUUGCCGCCGUGAACACGACGGCCAGUUAUUCCGGAUGGUUGGAACUCAAUUUGACAUCGUGUUUCGCGACGUGGGUGGCGAUCCCAGACGCGAACAAGGGCUUGUACCUGUCCGUACACUCAGUCGAUAAGCCAGGUCACGAAUUGAAACCCGAAGAUCUUGGAAUCGUAACUGUUAAAGGCGAGGAUGAGAGUAAACCAUUUAUGGUCGCUUUUCUGAAAGCAAGCAAUCACGUUAAUGUGAGGAUCCCGAGAGACACAAGAAGAACACGGAAAUCCGAUUACAAUUCGAUGAUAAAAGAUAUCAUUCAUGAUGCUUCCAAUGAAAAUAACAAGAGUUGUAGAAUACAUAACUUGUUUAUAAGCUUUAAAGAUUUAAAGUGGCAUGACUGGAUUAUUGCCCCAGACGGUUACCAAGCGUAUUACUGCGACGGCGAAUGCAAUUUCCCUUUAAACAAUAACAUGAACGCCACAAAUCACGCCAUUGUUCAAACAUUGGUACAUCUGAUUAAUCCAGUGAAAUACCCGAAACCGUGUUGCGCGCCGACCAAGUUAUACCCUAUUUCAGUGUUGUACCAUUUGAAUGAUGCGAACGUAAUGCUUAAGAAGUAUAAAAGAAUGGUUGUAAAAAGUUGCGGUUGCUUGUAAUUUAUAUCCAUUUUAAUUAAUAACCAAUUGUCGUGGAGAUGAACCGUGAUAUUCUAUUUUAUAUGUUGUAUAUGAUAUUGUGUAAAUAUUGUUAUUUUUUUAUAAACGAUCUUG